CGCGUGUGCCCACUCCCACUUUCUUCUCAACAUCGACUGUCUGGUUUGUCGAAGGGUGUUGUGGCUUUCUUCCCCGCUUCUUUUCUCCUCUAUAUAACUUUCUCUUCUCCAACUCGGCCUGAAAUCGCUGUCCCGAGCCUCUAAGAUCCGCACCAGUUCUCUGUGCAAAGCACAGCCAGCUCGUCUGACCGCCCGCGUCUCAGCCGCUUUCUUGCUCUUUUCACUGUACCCGCCGCCCGAAGCUCUCCCAGCCCAGUUGACCCCCCGCCCUGUUCAAUAAUAAACUCAUCAUCUUAAUCGACAUCUGCUCUUUCUUUCCAGUUAAAGACUCCCAGCCAUGACUACCGCUCAGUCGAACCCCCGCGCCAACCUUCUCUCUGGCCUCCGCACAGGCGGCGUCCGCGCCUCGUCUCUCCAGAUGCCCCACUCGGCCGCCCCGACUGCGGACCAUUUCAACAUCCAUCGUUACGCCGGCCAGCAGCCCAGUUACUACGAGGAAGAGGAGGACGAGGUGCCGGACAUGCACGGCCAGACGCUCUACGUGCAGCAGGACCCGUACCGGUCCCACGCAAUGACGGCUGCCGUUGAUGGCCCGAACUUCGGUCGCCAGCAGCAGCAUCAGCAGGCGUCGCGCCCCCUCAACCCGCACAGCGCUACGUUCAACCCAUCGUUCAACUAUGCCGCGCAGCAGCAGGCUCAAGCCCAGGCGCAGGCCCAGAAGCUGAAGCAACAGCAGCAGCAACAGCUCGAGGCACAGCGUCAGCAGCAACAGUUCCAGAUGCAGCUCGCGCAGCUAGAGCUCAUCAAGCUUCAGGGUCUCUACAACCAGAACGUCCAGCUCGAGCUGCUUGCGCAGCAGCUCCAGAGCCAGCAGCUCCAGCAGGCUCAGCAGCAGGCCCAGGGCAGACGCGUUAGCAACGGGUUCAUUCCUCCUGCGUCCGCCGCGCCGCACGCUGGCGCCUUCGACAUCCGUGCCGCUACUCUCAGCGCCCAGAUGCGCCGCAACGGACAGGCCGAGCAGCUCGGCAUGGGAGCCCCCAUGACCGCGAGUCUGAAUGGCAGGUUCGGCAGCCGCUCUGCGAGCAUGCAGCACCCCGUGCCGGUGUCGAACUUCGACGCCGCGAACACAAGCACGGACUCGUACAACUCGACCACCGUUAUUAGCGGAGGCACGCCCCUCGGCGCUGCGUCUCCUCCCCCGUCCAAGUCCGACAGCGCUUCGUCCUGGCGUCGUGGCGGCAACAACAACUCCGUCCUGAGCGGGAACAACCGCUCCGUGACGUCGCCGCCGAUCAAGAUCACGCCCCCGCGCGAGUCGUCGCCCUCGCAGCCCUCCGCGGGCCCCAGGUCGCGCCCGAAGCCGCUCCAGUUCAACCCGAUCGCGCAGCAGCCCAUGGGUGCGGUCGCUGUCAAUGACGGCCUGGACGGCGACGACGACAGCUCUUCGACGGGCUCUUCCAAGUCUCUCUCCCCCACGACGCCCGCAUCCAACUCCUCGAACGACAUUCCGAUCAUGCCUCUCUCGCCGCGCGAGGAGGCUACGCGGAAGCUCUUCGAGGGGCUUGGUAUCGGGCGCCCGUCGUCCGCGAAUGCGCAGGCCAAGCAGGAUGCGCACGUCGUCGAGGCGCCGGCGGCGACUCACCACCGGUUGGUGAGCACGCCAGUGAGGCAGCCCCGCGGGCCGCCUUCGGGGGCGGAGGAGCUGGGCCCGAAGAACUUUGCGACGAGGAUUCGCCGCAAGGCCAUCGGCGGCCUCGGUGCGCUCAUGGGUGCGCGUGAGCGCCGCGAGGUCGUGGAGGCGUACUAGUUCUGAAGGCGCCCUGGUACCACAUACCGCACCAUAAUACGCCUCGAUACCGAGUGUUGCGAGAAUCUGAUCUUCGAUAAUGACGGACUGCUGUUACGAUGACCUGAAUAUUUAUUGACGAGGCUGCGCGGAGCGUUGUAUCUGUGCGGAGCGUUCUGUCUGGUGGAUGGGGAGGAGGGUAUGUUGACCCGUGGAGGGUAGUACCUAGCAUGUCGUUCGAGUUGUAUCAAUGCUGGGGCUAGAUAUAUAGGUGACGACGCGCAAUCGGUCGUGCCCGAAGAUAUGCUGUCGAUGUUCUGUGCCUUGUUGUAAACAGUCUACCACAUUCUUUCGAUACAUAUCUUUUGUUUCGGUUCUGUGGGGCGGCUGCCUGAGGGCAUGCACUUGGACUGUCAGGAAUUCGCCGAUUCGAUGGUUGUAGGAUCAGUGUGUAGGGUAUAAUGUAGGCACAAUUUCAAUUGCGAUAAUGGGUCACCGUGGCUUG